UCCAUUGGUCCGUGCAUUGUGACUAUAAACACAUUAGAUUUUAUUAUCGAGUGAAAAAUAUCCCAAAUUUAUUGUGUUUUUUUUUGUUUGCGGAGAAUUUUCAUCGAAUUCCAAAUCGCAUUUCGAGUGUAUUGUGCAUGCUUAAAUUCAUUUAAUUGAAAACAUUUUUGUUGUUGUUGAUUUCACUGGACAAGUAUAAUUACCGCAAAUAACAAUGUCGGCUGAUGUUAGAGAUAUUUUAGAAUUGGAACGACCAAAUACACCGGAAUUAACAAAAGAAGUACUAUGGAACAAGCAAAAAAGAUCAAUCAACGAUUUUACUCGUACAAAAUCGGUUAAACGACCGGAAGGAAUGCAUCGUGAAGUGUAUGCUUUGCUAUAUAACGAUAAUAAAGAUGCACCACCGCUUAUGCAAACCGACACCGGAUCAGGAUACAAGCAGGUUAAAGCAAGAUUGGGCAUGAAAAAUGUUCGCAAAUGGGCAUGGACACCGUUCAAAAAUCCGGCACGUACAGACAACGCUAUUUUCCAUCACUGGCGUCGUAUUGCCGAUAACCAAAAUCUACCGACAACUGAAUAUCCAUUCGCAAAAUUUAAUAAAAAACUUAACAUCCUAUCCUAUACGAAUAACGAGUAUAACACACACCUGCGAACAAACCAAUCGAAAUGGUCGAAGGCACAAACGGAUCACUUGUUUGAUUUGGCACGUCGGUUUGAUUUGAGAUUUCUUAUUAUGGCCGAUCGUUGGGAUCGAGCCAAUUUUGGGACCAAAACUGUUGAAGACUUGAAAGAACGAUAUUAUGAAGUUGUUGGUGUUUUAACUAAGGUCAAAGGGUCACAAGGAAAUAAUAGCGAAAAGAAACCAUUCGCCUUUGAUUCGGAACACGAACGAAAACGUAAAGAACAAAUGAAGAAAUUAUUUGAUCGCACACAGAAGGACAUAGAAGAAGAGCAAAUGCUAUUGAAUGAACUGAAGAAAAUUGAAGCACGAAAGAAAGAGCGCGAUCGUAAAACACAAGAUCUACAAAAGUUAAUUUCACAGGCAGAUCAACAGGGUGAAGCACCACAAACACCAACCAGUUCUCGUAAACAAGACAAAAAAGUUAACAAGAAAAAGAUGCCGAAUCAAGUUCGACCGUCACGUGUUGAUUUCGUUGUUAGUGCUGUUGAAAGUGCCGGAAUAAAAUUCAAUGAUUUGAGAGGCACUGGUGUAUCGCCACGUUCAAUGAAAAUGAAGUUACCGGCUAGCGUUGGACAAAAGAAAGCCAAAGCCUUGGAACAAACCUUGGCCGAAUUCAAAGUAGAUCCAGCACCACCACCAACUGAAGAAAUUUGCGUUGCAUUCAAUGAGCUACGAUCCGAUUUGGUACUGCUAAGUGAAUUACGAUCAGCAUUGACUACUUGUACGUGUGAAUUGGAAAGCCUCAAGUUGCAAUACGAAACAGCAUGUCCAGGAAAAACACUCAACAUCCCGGCUGUACUAGCGGUGCCGCCAACUAGUGACGACGCCACUACAUUAUCAACUGGAAUGGAUACGAGAAGUUCAUCAAGUUUUGCUAGAGCAAUUCGUCAUUAAAAUAAUAUAUUUCGUAUAAAUUUUCAUUCAUCUCUUCUCUUUUUCAUGUAUUUUAAUCCCGUAGAAUAAAAGUCAUCUAUUGAAUGCAACACAAAAAAUAA